GCAGAAACAUGGCGGCCUGCGCGUGAAUGUCAUGCUGCUUCUGUCCACAACAAAUACACUUUGACGUGUAUCAACACGAUUCUUUUAUUUGUAAUGCAUACAUCAACUCGAAAUAGUUUAUGUACCUUAGGAAAGCUCGUUUAAGUCGGGAAAUUGCGAGGGUAAGCCACAGUCAAGAUAAAGUUAGCAUUUUAGCUAACCUUCUAGCCUGGCAGUCAUGAUGGAGCCUGACUCACAACUGCGAAAUCUGCGGGAUUUUCUUCUCGUUUACAACCGUAUGACAGAGACCUGCUUCCAACGGUGCUCCAGCAACUUCAACUACAGAAGCCUCACCAUGGACGAGGAGCGCUGUGUGGACAACUGUGCUGGGAAGCUGAUCCGUUCUAACCACCGCCUGAUGGCUACUUAUGUGAACCUCAUGCCUCGUAUGGUGCAACGGCGCAUGGAGGAGAUGGAGAGCAAGGCAGCUGAAAAUGCAAAGCUAGAGGCUGCAGCCGCGGCAUCAGCCAGUGUGGGACCUGAAUCUCAAUUGACAGCUCAAAACUCACUAGAACUGAGCACGGACCAAGUUGGACAAUCAGAAGUCACACCACUUACACCUGUUACUGAAAAUAUGAACAGUGUAGAAGGCAAGACCUCGCUUAAUGCAGGUUUAACUGGAUCCCAAAAUGUAGAAUUGUCUCAGUCUGUUUAUACAUCACCAACACCCUUAUCUGAAGAUGUUCCCAUGUCCACAGCUUCUGUCCCACAAAUGUCCACAGAAAAGCCUGCUAGCCCAGAAUAAGAAUAUUUAUGUAUAGAAUCCUAUCCUAAAUACUAGGAUAUUUAAAAUUAUUCAUUGUAAUUUCUCGUAGGUAGUAGUAAAUAAUGCAUAUCUGAAUAAACUUCGCCAUUUCAUGGG